UCAGGUCAGCCAGCUACUGCUCUCAGUGCAGUCCAACUCAUAUGACCAUGUUUCUUUCAGUUGUGCUGCUAUGGAUCUGCGUUUUCUUUAUCGUCCUUCAGGUCAAAUCCAAGAGGCCAAAGAACUUCCCACCAGGACCCCCAGUCUUUCCCAUACUGGGAACCAUUUUGCAGCUGAGUUUAGAGAACCCCUUGAAGGACUUUGAGAGGCUGAGGAAGUCUUACGGAGAUGUCUACAGUAUUUACAUUGGCCAGAAACCAGCUGUAGUCAUCAAUGGGCUGAAGGCCGUAAAGGAGGCGAUGGUGACUAAGGCUGCUGAUUUUGCUGGACGACCCCAAGACUUCUUUAUUAAUGAUAUCACCAAGAGGAAAGGUGUCAUUUGGGUAGAUUAUGGCUCUAGUUGGAGGGAACAUCGUCGCUUUGCUCUGAUGACUUUGAGGAACUUUGGUCUGGGGAAGCACUCAAUGGAGGACCGGAUUCAUGAAGAGAUAAAGUACCUCGUUAGUACGCUGAAAGAGAGCGUUGGUAAAACCAUGAGUCCUGGAGUUAUGUUUCACAAUGCGGCCUCCAACAUCAUCUGCCAGGUUCUGUUUGCGAGACGCUUUGAGUAUGAUGAUGCGCUAAUCAAACAGAUUGUUCAGUGCUUUACUGAGACCUCCAAGCUAGCCACUGGACCGUGGGCUAUGCUCUAUGAUUCGUUCCCUAUAAUUCGUAACCUGCCACUGCCGUUUCAAAAGGCCUUUGAGAAUUUUGAGACUUAUGGGACUAUUGCAAUUGGUUUUAUCAAUGAGCACAAGAAGACCAGAGUCCCUGGAGAGCCACGAGACUUUAUUGACUGCUAUCUGGAUGAACUUGAGAAGGUGUGUGAGUGUGAAAAGAAUCAAAUCUAACCAGUGUAAUCUUUUGAAUUCGUGGAAUCCUGGCUUUUCCACUGUGGAAUUUUGACCCAAUACAGGAACGUCUAUAAUUGGUUCUGUUUAAAAAAGUCUAAGUCUAUGAAUAUUACCUUGUAGGAAAACAGCUUAGAUAAAGCUCUGACUGCUUUUCAGCCAUCCAUAUGUUGAGCUUGCUCAUUCUGGCCUAAGGUGUGCAUGCAAGGAUGGCCCUCCAUUUGAGCCCAAAUCCCCUCAGUCACAGCCAUGAUCAGCAGCUCUCCUCUAAAUCUGUGCACUUGGUUACAUACCAAAGUUAGAAUUAGUGAUAAUUACUGUAAUCAUAAUCCUGUUUUUGCCUAUUACAGUAUACUCAGAAUAGCAUUUUUCAAAUUAUACAUGUCUCGCUUAUUCCCCACUCCCAUCCACACAGCCUCCAAGGUCAUCUUUAACAUGAACAAGCCACUCCACACAGAAUCUCAGUGAGAGGACUGUUAUUAUUUCCUUACUCAGAUCAUAUUUUAUGAUUCGUCGUAUUGGUUAAACUCAUACUUGAUUGUA